AUGUCGUUGAACUUCAAUGUUAUUUACGACGAAUUUUCCGAAGCGGAUCUUAGAGAACAAGUCGAGAAGCGAGUUGGAGCAACUGUUCUGAAGCUAGAACUUGGUGUGGGAGGCCUGAUCGACAAAGCCCUCUCCCUAUACUCGCUGCUGAAGCUCCACGACCGCUGCGCCAUCGUCCACCGCCACGCCGCUUCGGUGGCUCGGCUGUUGUUUGACGCCGUUGAAGCUUUAGCAAGUCGGCCGCCCAACUCGAUGGAUCGCAAGAUCUUUGUCUACGUCGAAAUUUAUUGGUCAUCCCAUGAAAAUAUAAUGCAGCUACGACGCCGAGUGGAACGAGAAUUGAGGCUUCGUAAUCAGCGUUGCAGAACCGAAGGACAAAUUUGGCUUACGUUGAAAGGUCCGUUCGGCUCAUGUCGAGAAGUACGUUCAAUAUUACGUGCUGUAGCUGAAGCACACAAUGCUGCUCGCACUUGUCUGACAAUCAAGCUUAUCUUGGAAGCCGUUCCUGCGGAUAAUCUCUGCUGGCACUUGUACAACAGGAUUCCCGUCAUAAAGUUUUCAGAUCCCGGGACUCAAACGCCUGAAGGAUGUUUUCCAUGUAGCUACACUUCUGAUUUCCCGUUCAGUCAAGAAAUUUUGUCGGAAAAAAUGAAGACCCAUGGGAUAAACGUAGAGCAAAAAGAGGCCAUAGUUCGUUUGAUCGCAAGCCUCGAACAGGAAGGAAAAGGUCCAGCUACCAAAGAUGAUCAUGAAGCUCAAAUGUUCCUUGAAGAAGUUUUCUCUAUGCUAAAUCCACAAAUCCGUUUGAAUACACUUAAAUUGGACAAGAAUUCUACUGGCUUUCAAUUCCACAAACUCGAUUUCGAAGAUGACACGAGUUGUCCCAAAAUUGAAGAUCCUCGCAGCAAAGAGGCUGCUGAAAUGAGUGAAGGAGUAGAAGCGAUGAAACAGACUAAGGUAGACGGGAUCUUGUUUGAAUCAGACGAGGGCUUAAAGGAGAUGAAACAAAUCGAGGAGACUGUGACCGAAAGUGAUGCAAAGACAGCGCAAGAAGAUCUUGUUGUUCAAGAUAACUGCGAAGAAAACCUCAAAAGUCCAAAAAAGAGACGGAUAAAGCUCAUCAAAGCCUUAGCUGGGCUGCUUAGAUGGAUUAAGGCAAAGAAAGCCUUGUCUAACGCCAAGAAGGAUACGGCCGUUGACUUGGUUCAAUUUACGGAAGAAUUUGCGGUCACCUUCGAAGCCCUGCAGCUCUUGCUACAGGCACGUCGGCCUCUCGCCAUCAUUGGCUCGCAUGGUAAAGGUAUGUCGACGUUUUGGGAUCUUUUCGAAAGGGUUACGGGAUCUGGAAUAUUUAUGGUCCGUUUCAAAUGCACCGCAAAGGUCACACCUCACGAUUUGUCAGAAACUUUAAGACGUGAACUCCAGCAAGUAAAAUGCAACUCUGCCCGAGUCAGUGAAACUCUAAGCAUUGACAGACAGGAGUUACGGACAAUGACUGUGAUAAAUAAAACUGCGCUUAACAGCUGUCACGACGCGCAAGAAACAAUGAUUCAAGAAAGAAGCAAUUCUCAUUCACUACUGAAAUCGGGUAAAACGGAGGAUAAUUUCGCCCUGAGUGUAAAUGAGAUUGCAAAGAAUCAAAAUUACGUAGAAAACAAGGGAUCCAGUCACAUGCCCACGAAUCGCGAGACUAAGGAACAUUUCAGUAGUCCAGGAGGCGAAGACUUGCUUCUUCUUUUUGAAGACGUCCACUUGUUGGACUGCAGCGCACCCGGGGCCCAAGCCAUGUGGCAAUGCAUCAGAAGUAUCACUGAGACGCAAAAGUUUUACGCAUCAGACAUCCACGAAACAAUCGCCUUGCAGAACGUCAUUCCUGUUGUGACACUUGCAACCUGCCACGACGGGGAAGUUGCUAGCAAAAUUGCAAAUCAUGUCAGGCGUCAUUUUGUCUUCGUAAAAUUUCCUGGUCCAUCACCAUCGCGAGUCCGAAAAAUCAUCAAGCAACACUUGGAGGACGUCUUGCCAAAGUCAGAAGAUUACGGAGACAAUUUUUCAAAACUUCUGAAGGUAAUCGAGGCACUACACUUUAAAAUCGAGGAGCUGACGCUAAGCAACGAGGAAAAUAAUCAAGCAUUACGCCUGCAGACCAGAGCUGUUCACAACGUAGAUCCAAACCUGCAUCACCUCAUUCGGUUAACUCAUCGGCUGGGUAAAAGCUUGGCAAUAGUAAAUUCAUCCCCAGAUGUGUUCCAUGGUCUGGUCAAGUGGCAGUGCAAGCAGGUGUACGAGGCCACAAACAUCGCAGACCGGUUGAAUUUCACUAACAUUGUCGAAGAGAUUUUACAGUCGUUUUUGCCCCAUUCAAGCCCAUCGACUGCUAAUCUUGUGUGGUGGAUGGACUGCGGAAAGAGUGGCGAAGCUGUCCUUCGGCGUGCUAAAGAUUUUGAAGUUUUCACGAAUAAACUACAGGCUCACGCUAAGGACGAUACGAUGAUCCUAACUGACGGCAACAUUCGCGUGAUGCAGCGCAUGAUCGAAGGUCUACAUGAUGUGGUGCAAGGCCACCUCAUGGUCUCCGGGACUCCAGGUUGCUGUCGCCGGAGAAUGUUGCUAACUGCUAUACGGUUCUCCGGGUAUCGGACAUUUGAAGUUGCGCCUACUUUUCUCAAAGCCGGUGACAGUUUAAAUGAAGAAUGGCUGAUCACAAUACGCCAGGCUAUUCAGUCUGUACUGGCGGACUCGCGGCACUGCGCCAUAGUCGUCCGCACAAGACUGGCUCCACGGAAUAUCUUGGCGAAACUCGUUGCUCUUGCAGUGGACGGUUGGACCCGGGGUAUUUUUAAUCAAGAUGAAGAGGAAGGACUCCUCCGAUCAUCCCUCGUAUCUGACGAAGAACAGCAUUUUGCAGGACUUCCAAUACAUCUGCUGCCUGAACACAGAUUCGCUGGUCACAAGACUCUGCAACAAUUACUACGCAGAAAACUUCACAUUUGCUUCAUCGUGGAGACUGGCGACGGCGUUCAAGAGUUACGGCAGAUAGACGAGGCUGUGCUCUGGAGCUGCACCGCCGUGCCGGUCUCGCCGCCGACUGCCGAGGAUUUGGCCAGCGUUUGUGAAGCGCUUCUGAAGCCGCUUGCUAUUCAACCUCAGUUUCUUGAACAAAUAAAACGAUGCGUAGUCAAGAUGCAGCAGAAGGUAUCUCCUCGACCAGUCUGCCUCGGCGAUUUUGUCGAAUUUUGUCUGCUGUUCCGAGGAUUUUUAGUGCAGCGACGGCAACAACUGAGUGACGUCAUGACUUUACUUCAGGACGGGCUCCAACGACUGAGUGAGUCGAGCAAAAACGUAGACGAGCUUCGGUCUGAGUUGUCUGCACUUGAACCAGCGCUCAAGAGAACAUUGGAAAUGUCGGUCAGCAUUACAUCAAAAUUAGGCGAGCAACGAGAUAUGGUGGCGCAGCUUCGUGACCAACUCAACCAGCACCUUGAGAAAGUUAGGAACCAGGAAGAAAUUGUGGCCAAACAACAAGGAGAAGUUGCUGCAGAACUGAAGGUGGUGCUAGGCACUAUAGAAGCAGCAGAGAAAGCGCUCAAAGGGCUCGACAAGAAGGACCUGAGCGAAGUACGCGCUCUCACUAAACCUCCUGAGAUAAUAGUGACCUGCUUGGAGCCCCUGUGUCUGCUGCUGGGGGUCAGGCCGGAGUGGUCGUUGAUGAAGACUUUACUGGGCGACGCUUCGAUGGUCAAGAGGCUGCUGGAGGUCGACAAAAACAACAUCAAUGACGUGAUGAUGCGAAAACUCAAGAAAUAUCUUGAGAUGCCAACGUUCUCUCCUGAUGAAAUUGGGAAAGUUUCGCGGCCAUGUCGAGUUUUUUGCGUUUGGCUGCUCGCUUUGGACCAAUACACGCAAACGCUGGUGCAGCUGCAGCCGAAAAAACUGAGACUUGCUGAUGUCGAGAGAGAUCUGAGCGCACUUCUACUGCAGCAGCGGCAAAUUCAACAACAAAUGAGUGAGGGAGAACGUGUCCUGGUAGAGCUGCAGGCCCAGUAUGAAGAGAGCGUUAGCUCGCGCCAGCAGCUGGAAGGAGCCAUCAGGUCGGCCAGCGCGAGGCUGCAGCGCUGCGCCAGACUCACCACCGUCCUCGCUGACGAGGAAACCAGAUGGCGUCGAGAUCUCGCAAGCCAUGAAGCAGAAGCAGAAACCAUGGUCGGAGAUUGCCUUUUGGCCGCCUUCGCAUCGGCAAAUUUUGCGCGCCUGAAUCCAAUAGAAAUAACUCGACAUCUCCAUGAAUACACUCCAAUUUUACAUGAUGAAUUUAUCAAGUUUUAUCAUCAGUUGAGGCUGAGCGCGUCACUGAGCACCGCCGCGCAGCAGGCAGCUUGGACAGCGGCUGGUCUGGACGAUGACGCGUCCUGCUACUGUCAGGCCGCGGUGCUCUUCGCCGCUCAUCGUCCCUUACUCGUCACAGACCCGCAUCAGCUCGUAGUGCCAUUCCUAGAAAAGUUUUACGAGAGCACCGGAGGGAUUGUGCUUCUGAGUUUCGGUCAGAGUGACGUCAUGCAGAGACUGGGCGACGCCUUGAGAGACUGCACCAAGCGAAUCGUCGUGAGACACGUUCUUGUCGCCCACGCUGCAAAUCUCGAAGCCAUUCUUAGAUUCACAUCAGAAUCCAUCAUAUCAUCUACAAAACAGAAGCACGUUACCCGAAAUUUAAGUGCAAGUGGCGGUCAGACAACUCGUCCCACAGAUGUGCGCUUAGGAAACUCGAACUUUCCUUUCCUUGGCGUUGACGACGAAAAUUUCGUGUUUUCACAAAACAAAUGCCGACUCAUCCUCGUCUGCGGAGACUCGCAGCCGAUUAUUCACCCGACAAUCUCUCCUCUCGUAACAAGGCUAUUGUUCGGGCUCAUGCCUACGGUGCUGGAAGACAGGCUUCUUGAUACAGUACUACUGCACGAGAGAGAAGACUUGCACAAACAGAGGCAGCAGCUAAGGCAAUCCAUUAUCAAAGAUGAGGAGAACAUUGCGUCAUUAGACAGGUCCAUUCUGCUGCGCCUCAAAACGGCUCCUGCUCCCAUGGAAACCGAAGUUUUGCUGGCUGCUAUUUACGAGGCCAAAGCGUCGGCAGCAGAGUGUCGCACGCGCCUGGCCGAGAGCAGACGAAAUUUGCAGAAAAUCAGCAACGUCCGCGACAAGUACCGAGCGGUGGCCGCCAGAGGGCGAAUUAUUUUCUCUUGUUGUUGGUAUCUUAAAGUUCUGGACGUUUCUCACGUCUUCUCCACGAGACGUUUCCUCGAGUUAUACUCUGAAUGCGUCAGUAGUGGAGCCGAUGUGGACGGAGCCGAAACCAUGAGCUUUGACCAAAGAAUUUUGUCGCUGGUAACGUUAGUGACGAGGCGGAUAGUGAACGAGAUAACGCGCGCUCUGAGAUCCGGGAACAGAGACGCAUUUUUGACGACUUUAGCAGCGGCGGCUUUGUUGGAACAAGAGGAAGUUCCAGCCGAACACUGGAGAAGGGCUUUAAGGCCUGUGGAACAGGCGUCACAAGUGCAGGAGGCCGUGAGUGGCCUGGCUGAGGUGGCAGACUCGGAGGCCCUGAGAGACGUGCUGUCUUCGCUGCUGGACGGUGCGGCCUACCGCUUCGUUCUGUCCCAGCUGGCACUGUUUGUCAGCAUGAAGAAACAACGACGAGUGUUGGGGCGCUUGCCUAGAAGCAUAUCAAUGUUUCACAGCUUCCUACUCGUCAAGCUCCUCAAACCGACUUUCGUGGUGUGGGCGGCUCGGGACCUGGUGAAGUCUGUGCUGGCGCCUCCUGAAGCACUUACACAAAACUCCAAGAUUAAUAUAAAUAUGGGCAGUUCUGCAAGAGAGAUGGCAGUUUUGGUUCGUCAAGAUCACCACGCUAACGCCACAACGCCCGACGUCGUUAUUUCCAUACUCCAGAAAGCGGCAGCUGAGAACAAGUUGCCUAUCACACAAAUAUGUUGGACCCCGACAAAUAGCGCCGAACGCUUGCUUGGCUGGGACGGAGUGCAGUACUCGUUGGAAAAAGCAGCGCAGAGAGGCGGCUGGAUAAUCGUACUAAAUCCCUGUUCAUCUCUACUGCCGGUAAUCAUCCAUUCACUGUCUGAAGUCACCAGCCGGGCAAAUAAAGUCGAUGAGAAUUUUCGAGCCGUCCUUGUGGAGGACCGUAACUGUGACAGAGCAAUACCGGGAGAACAUUUCGAUGUUGUGACAGACAGCUCACUAAGUUCGCAUACUUUAUUACCUGCGGACCUGAGUCUGCAGUGUCGUGUGUUGUUCUCUGCACCUGAGCUCACCAUCGCCGGAGUGUUGAGUUCUGUUGCCGACGUCAUCAAUUCAUCACACUACGAGUCACACUACCAAGGCGGGUGCUGGCGUCAGGCCGUUUGGCUUGCAGGGGCGGUGUACGUUGCUCUUGUUAUCCCGGCGAGUAUGCGGGAACACAACAGAGAGCGUGGCAGCCAGUCACAGAUAUUAGACGAAGACAAUUUGGAUCAAGAGAAAGAUGGACUACAAGACAUGAUCACGCUGGCCGAUCUCAGUAUGACUUACGAUAUCAUGUACAGAUUGUCGCUGCUUUCUCCUCUCACUCCAGGCACACUUUUCGGCGUUUUAGGGUGGAUAUUUGGACGUGAAAAUUAUUGGCUCCCUUUGUUGGCAAAAGCUUCGUCGACAGAUAAAAAAUCGUCAGCAAAAAAUUUAACAAAUCGUAAAAGCGCUCCGCUGCACGAACCUGACGAGACUCUGGAAGACGAGGAAAAGGAAGGGAGAGAAGACUUGGAGCCUGAUGAUUAUUGUGAUGAUGAAGACUUGAAAUUAGAAGACUGGUGUGUUCCUGAUGAGUUAAAGGUUGUGGGGUUAAGCGAUGCACCUAAGAUCAUGGCACAGUUUUUGUGUGCGAAGCUACCAGAUCUGCACGCUCGUUGUCAGGAGGUCCAGAGCAAAAUGUUCCACGAAACAUUCAGCUCGCUCAGCCGGCAACAUUUGGAGUCGCUCGAAACAAGCUUAAUGUUCAUCUGAGAAAGAAACGAAGGGUAGGAAUUUUCGCAAAAAACGUCUUCAGCACUAUACAAGUUUGCAGGCUCAGUGUAAAAAAAAAUAGUAU